ACACCGAAGAAGAAGAAGAAGUGUUUCCGUUAAGAUGGCUGUCGGUGCCUUCCCCAUCGCCAAGCUCCUCUACCUCGGUGUACGGCAGCUCAGCAAGCCCGUGGCCAACAAGCUCAAGGCUGGGGCUCUCCGGAGCGAGUUCUUCAAGACAUAUGUUUGUCUUCCACCGGGACAGAUUUACCACUGGGUGGAGAUGAGGACCAAGAUGAGGAUCAUGGGUUUUCGGGGUUCCACCAUCAAGCCCCUGAACGAGGAGGCGGCAGCAGAGCUGGGUGCAGAGCUGCUGGGGGAGGCCAUCAUCUUCAUCGUCGGAGGAGGGUGUAUGAUCCUAGAGUACAGUAGACAGGCGGCCAACUCUAAGAGGAAGGAAGAAGAGCUGAGUCACACCAUUGGCAGUCUGCAGACACAGAUAGGAGAGCUGACCUUGAACGCAGAGACACUGGAUGCCAGGCUAAGAGAGGUCAACAGGCUGCUGCUCUCCUUACCACCUCCAACCCUAGCACCGUCUGCUCCUGCUACCACGCAAGUUCCUGUUUCGGAUCCUGCUACCACUCUGGCUUCCUCUUCUGUGGAUCCCAGUCAAAAGUGAUACCUGUGUAAUUUCUGAAAUAUAGCCUGGUGGUCGCCAGAUCUGUUUUUGUCUUUAGCCAAGUUCUCGCUCAUGUCAUAACUAGCCUUUUCAUAUCUGGCUCUCUCAAUGUAGUGUUGUCAGACGAGACUAAAGUCCUACACACACACUCUGCAAACGGAGCGACGGAGAUCCGUUUGUAUUGAUUCCUGCUUACUUUUGUGAGGCUGACGUUUUGGAAUGGACCGUAUACGACGCUCUGUUUGCGUCGUAUAUGUGUGUGUAGAGUCCUUUCCGUCUAGGUUUAUGAUGCCACACGAUUCAGUUGUUGGCUAAAACAGACACAGAUCUCUGUCCACCAGGUUAUGUCUGUUAAUGAAAGGACUGUGAAGCUUAUCGUAUGCUUCCCAGAUGAAACAGUUUGUGCAUAUAUUAUGAUGUUUGCUUUGGUCUUUGGCAGGUGUUUUUUUUUUUUUUUUUCUUUUUUUCGGGUGUUAAUUUUUUAUUCUU